UUGGCUGAGUACCGGCAGAAGAAAGCUCAUGCCGACAGACAGAAGAAGAAGCAGAAGAAGAAAAAGAGAAGAGAAACCGACGACGAUCCGGGUGGAGAUGGACCGGGUAGAGGGGAGGCCGAGCAGGAGUUAGAUCAGUCAGUGGGGGAGGGAAGUGGGGGGGAGGUAGGAGGAGGAACAGUGGAACCGGACCCCCCUACCACAGAGUUUACCUUCGCCAGGACCCUGCGCAGUGGUGAGACGGUCAAACACGACCAGACGUACACCAUAGAGGUAAGGCCAAAAACCUCUGGACCAUCCCUAACCAUUGAUUGACCAUUUGAAUUGAGCUUCUCCUAGCGUGCAGCCUUGCUUGAGUUGGAAAGUUGAAUAGACUAGAGAAGAAACUGGCUUGGCUCAGUAGUGUUAAAGGGGAUAAGAACUGGUUCUUCCCCUGGCCAUGAAAUUAUGGUUUAUUAAAAUAAUAUUGGUCUUCUGUGAGGAAUUUCUCACAACUUGAUCCUAGACAGGGUGAACUGAUUGAGCUAAUCAACCAUUCAUCAAGACCUAGGUUAGUUGAAUCAUGUAUGUUAGCACUAGGUUCUUUUUUUGCUGAUGCUAUGGUAGAGAAGUAGCCUAAUGUGUGUAGGGAUACAUUGUAAGCAGUAGUAGCCUAUAUUUAUGUGGCUUCCUGUAUUGUCCCAUACUGAUCAUCUAGUGAAAGAUAAUGGUAACUUGAAUCACAAAUAUGAAUUAACACUAAAUGUGCUCUUUAUUUCUAAAGCAUUGGUACAGUUUUUAAGAUAUACAUUUUAAUUGCUUGGCUUGAAAAUGUACGAAAUGAAUGCACUUACUACUGUAAGUUGCUCUGGAUAGAGUAUCUGCUAAAUGACUAAAAUAUACAUGUACAAUUUUGAAUAGAACAUUACAUUAGAUAAAUAAAAAUGCAAAACGUAGUAGUCCAAACAUGACAUAAUAAUGUUUUGGUAAUCACGCAUAUUUAAUGCCGGGGACCCUGAUAAGCGAUUCACAUUUUGUUGCAUCAAAGACGUUGUCUGAAUCCAUUCGAGCAGAAUGAGCAGUGUCUCAAGUCUCAUAACAGUCCCCGGAAUUAACCUAUGCAGUUGCUAUGAGCGACUUUUGUGAGUGCCGAUUUUCAAAGGCGCAAUAUUAAAGCAGCGUUUCCCAAACUCUGUCCUCGUGACCCCAAGCGGUGAACGUUUUGAUUUUUGCCCUAACACUACACAGCUGAUUAAAAUGAUCAAAGCUUGAUGAUUAGUUGAUUAUUUGAAUCAACUGUGUAGUGUUAGGGCAAAAUCCAAAACGUGCACCAGAGGACUGAGUUUGGGGAAACCCUGAGUUAAAGGGAUGAACAGUGGAGCAGCCAAUAAGUGUCCUUGUUAGUGCUGUGUUACCUUUUGAUUUGCUGAAUCACAACACCUUUUUGGCUGAAUUUGAAACCUGAGUUACAGCUGGCAAACUGCAUUUCUUUAUUUUUGUGAAUAUUGUUAUUGUGCUAGAGGGUUGGGUUAGAGAAUUCUUUCAACUUUGGUUAGAUAAUGAGCAAAAUAAUAAACAAAAAGAUAAGGUAAGGAUUUGGUGAAAAUUUAGUUCAGGCUUCUUUUCCCAGCUCUUCAGACAUGUCUUUAUAAAGUUUAAUAUAAUAAAUAAUAUGCCAUUUAGCAGGCGCUUUUAUCCAAAGCGACUUACAGUCAUGCGUGCAUACAUUUUUACGUAUGGGUGGUCCCGGGGAUCGAACCCACUACCCUGGCGUUACAAGCGCCAUGCUCUACCAAUUGAGCUACAGAGGACCAAAGUUUAAUUGCAAGCUUGCUCAAUGAAUCUCUCCCUCUCUUUCAAAUGACCGUCUUAGCCUGUCAUUAUUAAUAUAACGCAGCUCGCCUCACAACCUUGAGCGCAUUCACAAGCAUUGAAUAGGUUGCAUGCACCAUGCCACCCCCAACUCUGCACCUACGCUGAACAAUGCAAACUCCUCUCUUUCCUCCCUCCCUUCUGUUCCUUUGUGCAACUUGUGUCACGAACAGCAUUAAUAGUUUUCAUUCCCUCUGUUGCUGAAAAACCACACAGCAUUUUUUUCUCCCCUUGCCGACUGAAUGUAACUAGGAAAUGGUGGGUUGCCGUGGCAACAGACAAUUGAUUUUAAACAGGUUGAGCCGCCACGUUCUAGUGUUGGAGAGCUUUGUGGCCUUGCAGCACAAAACGGACCCGGAGGUGAUUGAAUAGAGUGGCUGCUGCCUGUCUUUUCUUUUGGUGGUCGGUAGCUCAGCACUUUCUCCGUCAUGACUACUGUAUUUCUAUAGGGGCCCCGUGUAGCUCAGUUGGUAGAGCAUGGCGCUUGCAACGCCAGGGUUGUGGGUUCGAUUCCCACGGGGGGGGGGGGGGGCAGUAUAAAAAAAAUGUAUGCACUCACUAACUGUACGUCGCUCUGGAUAAGAGCGUCUGCUAAAUGACUAAAAUGUAAAAAUGUAAAUAUAGGCAUGCAGACAUUUUGAGCAGCAGCACGCCUAAACGUUUGUCAUGAAUUUCCACUUCGGUCAUUAAUGAUAAAAUGUUCAUAGGUCCAAGAUGCUCAUGAGUUUAGACUCGUGUCGUUGAGUUCAGACUCAUCUGAAUCCAUAUUUGUAAUAAUGAGACUGAUAAAUGGUUCAACCAUUUAGUUAGAACCAUUUUAGUUUUUAGUCUGUUUCUUCUCACAACAAUGUGUUUUAAUUUCCAAGACAAAGGGUGUAAUUGGCCCUGGGCGCACCAUUGAAUCUACACGGAGACUUUCCAAGUAGCCAUACAACUUCCCCUGCAGAGAGGGGUUGCUGUGGAAACACCAUCUUCAAAGUGUUCCCCUUCCAAGGCACGUGUAUAGGCAGAUGGCUUCACAGAGAUCUGUGCGAGUGCUAACCUGUUGUAUUGUCUCUCACCGGUGCAUAUCUUAAACAGAUUAACCGCGUUUCACAUCUGACACAAGUUGUAUAAUAGAGGCAGACUUGCUGAUUAUCUGACAAUUUGACGUCCUGAUACAAUCAAAUCCAUGAUAAGCAGCUUGCCUAUCUUUGAAAAUCAUAUUCACGUUUCCGAUUCAUACAUUUGAAGUGAUAUGCCUACCCUAGAUAAAUGUUACGUUACUCCAAUCCCCACAGGAUCUUUUUUUUUGUGCAAAGUUACAAACGUGAGACGUCAACAAUCUGACACUUCUCUUAAGACAUCACAUCCAGUGUUGCUACUAGGCUACAUCCAAUGCUGUUUCCUAUUCUACCUUCCCUAGAAUCACCAGAAUUCAACAAGCACAGUCCAAGAAAUAUAGGCUAAACUGUUGCUGAUACCAAAGCCAUUCAAAGUCUCUCCCAAUCGUCAAUGAAAAGGAACUAUCGGCCUACUGUGCCAUAAACUCUGACAAUAAAACCUCUCAUUUCAUUUCUCCCCGACUUGCCCCAUGGUGUUCCAAAUGUGUAUAUUGUUUAAGUGAAAUUAGCCCCUCUAGAAUAGGCUCCAAUGAUCACUGCCAUUAUUCCAUUGAAAAGGACCUGUCUUAUAAAAGUAGGUUGCGCCCCGUGAUUGAAUGUGGCACAGCAUGCUUCCAAAAUGCCCCAUUGAAUGUAGGUCAAACGGGCAGACAGCAUUUGACAUCGCCAUAAUUAACCUAUUCUUCUCCAGAAACUGACCAGAACUGGCUGCACAAAGACGAAUCGGAAAUGAGAGGACAAUAGCCUUGUCAUAUCAUGAACUGCUCCCCAGUCAGUCCCUCUUUAAGUAAUGGGACUGUAAAGCAGAAUUCUAGCUGUACACACAAUGUUGACCUAGGGUGGGCUUGUUUUAGCUAAAACUGCUUACUCAUGUAGUUAUGGUCCAUCAGUUUUAAUGCACUUUGAAGCUUUUUUUUUCUCCCCUCUGCUUGUUGUAUUGAAAUGCAAUCCACUCUGCUCGAGUUGAGGUUGUGUGGGCCACUUGUACUGGUGACUCACGGUGGGCCUAUUAUGGUCCUCCCCAUGCAGGGUCUGAUGAAUCCUCCUCUUGUUUCCUAUUGCAGCCAGAUAGUGAAGUGUCCACCACAGCCGAAGACUACUCCUCCGAGGUGAGUUAACUUUGUCGUAGUUUACACCAGAGAACACUUUUAAAUGGAGUUAAUAUACUGUACUUGAAGGGAAUGUUUUAUUUGUUUCCUCACCUUGAAAAAAAUAUUUCCCCUGUUGGUUAAGGUUCAGAUUUGACAGAGGGUAAGCUGAUUCUAGAUCUGUUAAUAAGGUCCUCUGCUAUUUACGAUUAGUGUUACGGUUCGGGGCUUAGGUCCUUGGACAGGCCUGCCUUUUCCCAGGUUGCCUCAUGGAACAGACCACAUGACUUGGCUAGCUUGUUGCCAGGCACUCAGCUCCCCAAGUCCCCGUCUGGCAUUUAUCUGAACUUGACAAGUCAAAGUAGUCCCGUCGCACCUCUCACCCCCCUCCCCUCUUCUACAGAGCCGCCAUUAAAAUGUCUGCCUGUGACACUGAGUUUAACGGUUUGGAGAAGGCGGCAGUCAUUACUUUAAAGCCUGACAUGGACGACAGAACCAAAAUACCACAUUUAAUUACGUCCUUCAUUCUGUGCACUGUACACCAGUGAACAAUGGGAAGCUGAACCAUGAAAUCCUCCUGCUUUACCAGACAGUAUUGUGAAUUAACAGGUGAAUGGCUGCCUUGAGAUGACCGAGAACCCAAUGGAGACUUCCAAGGAGUUUAUCUGGGUACAGUACGACAAUUAAAUAGACAACAAGCUACUGUCUCUUUUUACUGUAACACGUUUGCUCUGUCUCCGCACUGCAUUCUGACCACCUAACCCUGAGAUUUUCCUCAGACUAACUCACUAACCAAGUCCCUUUUUAUUCUCUGCUUCUGGAAUCCUCAGUGUGCGCUUGUGAAGUGGUUUUAAUUUCAAGGCCAGGGACUGCAGUGCAGCAACAGCAGCAUUGUCCGUGGGCUGCUGCCGUCAUCCUUUAACAUUUACUCCCCAUUUUAACAGCAGGGAUGGGGAGUAGGGAAUCGGGCCUGCUUGACAUUUCAGAUGUGUAAAUUACUCUGGAAGUCAGACCAGAAAGAGGAAAACAGAAGGAGGAAGAGAAGUAGAAAGAGGGAUUGGAGGAUGGAAUGAUGAAGUGGCUAGAGAAGAGGGCGCUGGACAAUGAUGCAAGAGCUGCUCAUUUGCCAAGGCACGCAGGUAAUCCUGCCAUUUGCAGGCAGGAUCAGAGGGUGAGAGAGGGAUGGAGGGAAGGGAAAAGGGAGAAGGAGGGGAUAGAGGCUGAGAAAGACAGCAAAUGAAGUGAUUGACUGUUUCUGUGUGAUUUUGUUUGAGAGUAAAGAAGUAAAACCAUUCUAAGAAGGAAAAGAAGAUAGAGCGAGGUAGAAAGAAAAAGAGGAGAGCGUGACGUUUAAGGUAAGAGUAGUGAAGUACAAAGGUAAAGCGAAAGAGGGAACCAUUGUCAGCACAGUGCUCUUUAAUGGCUGCCAGUUCUUUGGCAGUUUUGGAUGUUGGCUAGUUAAUUUCUACCAUUCCCCUCAGUUCUGUGGCAGCCUUGGAUGCAAACUAAUUGCUUCAGUGGUGGUUUUGUAGGUUAGCUAAUUGCUAAGCUAGCUACCAUUUCCCCCUCAGUUCUGUGGCAGUUUUGGAUGUUAGGUAAUUGCUAAAAUAGCCACUGUUCCUCCCCACAACAGGAGGAAGUGGACCCUGUUCAGCAGGAGGUGAGGGGUGGAAGGGUACAGGUCAUGGAGGAAGAGCUGGCUGCCAAGACUCUGGCGGUAGAGGAGCUGAGCCGAGAGCUGGAGGAAUUUAGAGCGGCCUUCGGCACAGAGGGGGUGCAACAGGUAAUAUGCUACAUGUACAUGCGUGGUCUAUGUGUAUGUAUGAAGGAAUUAAGAUUGGUAGUUAGAAAAAUAGUAGAUAACCUGCUUCACCUGUCAACUGCAAAUGUUCAUAUAACAUUUACAUUUUUUGUAGUCUGUGUUAUGAGUCUAAUUUUCAAGCAGAUUGCAUAAUGGGUUGGCCUUGCUGAGCCCACGCUGCGGGGCUGACCUUCCUUUGAGGGUGCAGCUCUCAUAUUGAUAAUAACGCCAUUACCCAGCAGGGGUCACUGUUAAAAAAUCAGGUUAUGAUUAAUAUUUUAUUUUUCCACUUCUGUGGUUUUCUAUUACAAUAAUUUGCAUGGUUUUGUUCGCAGUAGUUUAGGCCUACUUAUUUUCGUUCUUAUCUUUCAAGGAACCUAUUUCUAAGCUUUUAUAUACUGAUAUUCAGAUUACUGCUCAAAUAUGUAAAGAUCAAGUGAAAUGUCAAACACACGUAACAUGUACAUAUAAAUUAUUCUUGGUAUUUCCCUUUUCAAUGGACUCAUCCCCUUUCUUGUUUGGUUGAAAAACAUUGAUCUGUGGUUCUAUUACCACCUAUACUCCUUUAAAUCACCUCUACCCUCAAAUAUCCCAAACUAGCUACUUCCAUUGUUGAGACCACACUUUGUCUUUAUCAAAGUCAAGCCAGUGUACUAUUUUCUUUGUCAUACUAAAGUGUGACUUGUGAAUCACUGACGUUUAUUAUGCAAGGUAUACGCACUGCACUUUUUUUUUCUCCUCCAGCUGCAGGACUUCAAGGCUGCCUUGAAGCAGCGAGAUGUCAUCAUCACCCAACUCACAGCCAAUCUGCAGCAGUCUCGCAAAGAGAAGGACGAGGCCAUGAGGGAGUUCCUGGAGAUGACUGAGCAGAGCCAGAAACUGCACAUUCAGUUCCAGCAGGUAAGACAUUCUUGUCUAGGCUAUACACUACACUAGACUACAUUACACUAUACCAUAUUAUCCCACCCUAGUCUAUAAUAGAAGAAGAAAACAAGAUUAGUCAGGUGAGGUACAAACUUUUAACAAGUGUAGGGUUAGACUAGGGUUGCAACAUUUCUGUAACUUUCCCAAAAUAACCUUUCCAGAGAACCUGGUUGGAAUAUUCCGGGAAAUCAGGGAAUCCUCCAACCGGGAUUCCGGGAAAACCUGGGAAUAUGGGGAAAGUUACAGGAAUUUUGCAACCCUAGGUCAGACAUACCUGUACCAGUCCUAUGCAAUCCUAUAUUUCCUAUGCCAUCUUAUUCUGUCUCAAGCUUUUCCCUGCUCUAUCAACAUUUAAUGUAUUUUAUUACCCUUCUAAUAAUUAUACAACAGAUGUGGUGGUGAUAUUGUUGUUUUCCCUCAUUUCCACGGGAACAUGAACACCCUCUGGUUUUAUUGACAGCUGCAGGCAGGUGAGACGCUAAGGAACACCAGCCACAGCAGCACAGCGCAGGACCUCCUGCAGGCCAAGCAGCAGCUCGUUCAAUACCAGCAGCAGCUGGAGGAGAUGGACAGCCAGGUUAGAGGGCAUCAAGUGAUGAGCAAGGAGCAGCUGCUGCAGGUCAGCCAGCUCCAGCACCGGCUCAACGAGGCUGACAUGGUGAGGCGGCUGCCUAGUUGGUGUUAGUCAGUGCCUGUCAUUCAUGUGAAAACGUCUGCUUGUAUGAAACGUAUUGAGAUAUAUUCAAUGGAUCUGUUUUAUAGGUGGUUGAUUGCAGGGUGCAUUUUGAAAUCUGAUUUACAUUUCUUACUAUUAUUACCUUAUUACCUUACAAAAACAGAAUUUAGUUUAAAGGCUGUUUUGUAUAAGUUUUAUUUAAACCGUUAUAGUAUUAGACUUUAAUUAUAUUUUUGACAUUUUACCUGUAUGUCUAAUAAAUACUUUUCCUCACAGGUGGGAAGAAGAACAGAAGAGUCAUUUGCACAAAGGUUAAAUGAGAAAGACCUGCUGAUUUCGGAGCAAACUGCAAUAAUAACAGAACAUGAGCGUACACUGACCAUGCUCAAGGUGGAGCUUACACAGGUGGGAAGGAUGACUGAGGAGACUUUUGCACAAAAGUUGAACGAGAAAGAACUGCUGAUUGCCGAGCAAGAGAGAGUCAUGUCAGAACAUGACUCCUCCCUCCACCAGCUAAAGGGUGAGUUGACAGCCUCUGAGAAAUGCUUAAACGACCUCAACCAGCAAAUGACAUCAAAGGCCCAAGAGCUGGAGAGCUGUAAGAGGGACUUAGAGAGCACUAAGGGUGAGUUGAAUAGCUAUAGGGUUGAGCUGGAGGGCAGUAAGGGUGAGCUGGAUAGCUGUAGGGUUGAGCUGGAGAGCUGUAGGAUUGAGUUGGAGUCAUGCAGGGGCGAACUCUCAGCUUCCAGGCAGAAGGAGCGAAUGUCCUCCAGUGAAAUCCAGCAGCUGAUGGGCACCGUAGAAGACCUCCAGAAGCGACGCCACCAGGGCAGCCUGUCAGAGAGCGACACCCUCCAGAGGAUGGAGGAGGACUCAGCCCGCAGGCUGGAGCAUCUCCGGGCGGAGCUGGACGAGAUGUACGGUGAGCAGAUCGUCCAGAUGAAGCAGGAGCUUCGCUUGCAGCACUCUGCGGCCCUGGAGCGGGUCACAGAGCAGCAUCGCGAAGAGCUAGAGCUUCUAAGAGCACAGCAACCCGCACCCAGUCCCAGUCCCGAGGUGGUGAUCGAGCAUAAGGGCAAGAUCGCAGAGCUUCAGCAGAGGCUCCAAGAGGCCCAUGCGCUCCGUGAGAAGGACAGACAGGAGCUGACCCAGGUGGCACAGGAGAAGCUCAACCUCCAGGGUCAGGUGGUUGACCUGCUCCAGGACCUCCGCUCAGCCCAUGUCAAAGUGGAGCAGGCCUCCCAGAACUUCUCUGUCCAUGAUCGUUGUCGGGGUGAGCUGCAGCGCCUCCAGGAAACCAUUGAUGACCUGAAGGCCCAGCUAGCUGCCACUGCAGAGUCGGCAGAAGAGAUUGAGGCCAAGCACGAGUCGGAGACAACCAACUACAAGAUCAAACUGGAGAUGAUGGAGCGGGAGAAGGACGCGGUGCUGGACCGCAUGGCUGAGUCACAGGAGGCGGAACUGGAGAGGCUGAGGACACAGCUCCUCUUCAGCCACGAGGAGGAGCUCAUUCUCCUUCGGGAGGACCUCCAGAGGGAAAGCCAGGUCAACGCUGAGAACCUCCUCAACGAGGUGUCCAUCCGGCAUGGCCAAGCCCUGGCGGAACUGCGGAACGGUUACGAGGACGAGCGGGACGAGCUGUUACACCAAAUUGUUGCACUGAAAGACGACCUGAAGAUGGCGCUGCACAGCUCGAAAGCCGAAGAGCUGGUGGCGCAACUCAAGGAACUUCAGGUGGAGGUUGAGGAACUGAGAAAGGGUGGAGAAGAAAUUGUCAGAAUGGAGAAGGAAAUCCAAUUGCUGUUGAAAAAUAAUGAGCUGCUAGAAAACCAAUCCAAGGAGAGAGAAAAGAGCUGGGACAACAAAUGGAGGGAGCAGGAGUCUGAAAAUAGGAUUUUGAUGGAAACCAACAACGCCAUGAAAGAGGAAGUGGAGUCCAAGACGAAAAAAUGUAAAUCCCUCACCACAGAAAAUGAACAAAAGCAGCGACAAGUGGUAGAGUUGCAAGAGGAGAUUGAAAAGCAAAGGAACACAUUCUCUUUUGCCGAAAAGAACUUUGAGGUGAACUAUCAGGAGCUCAAGGAGGAGUACACGUGCCUUGUUGAGGUAAAGGCGCAGUUGGAGGAAAGGAUUCUCAAGGAGACACUUGUGUAUGAAUCAAAACUGGCCAGCCUCCAGUCGCAGAUUCAGGAGCUGAGGGAGAACAAGGAAACUAGCAAAAUGGAGGACAGCGGUGGUUCUUCGAUAGAGAAAGGCACUACUGAGCUGAUGGAGAAGCUGAAGGUAGCUCUGACAGAAAAGAAGGAACUGGCUGUGAGGCUGUCUGAAGUUACCGAGCAGCUGACUGUUACAGAAGGCGAAUUGGAUGAGCUGGAAGGAGAGCUGAGUCAGGUCAGGAGAGAAAACAAGGAGGUCAUCGCCCGAUUCGAAAACCUGGAAGAAGAGCUCGAUAGAGAGCGGGAGACUCUGAAGGAGAGAAAGGGAGAGAUGGAAGUGCAGAGAGAGGAGGGAGGGAGAGCUGCUCAGAGCCAAGCGAAUCUCCAACAGAGAGAGCAGCCUGUUCAGUCUGCAGCCCCAGCUUGCUCCAUCGAGGAUCAUCAUCUCCAGAUCGAAUCUCUCAAAGGGGAGGUAGACGUACUCCGCUCCUCCUUACAGGCCGCCGAAAUAGAGCGAGACCGCCUCCGACACACCACAGAGGCUCAGCAGCAAAGCCAAACGCUCGCUCCGUCUGCAGCCCCAUCUCAGGUCUCGACUGUGGGGGAGGGACCUGUUGAGCGUAGCUCCGCUGUCGAGCCUUCAGCCUCUGGGUCAGACAGGCGCAAGACACAGCAGUGGCGAGGAAAGAAGAAGCGCCAGAGCUCUGCCCAGUCAAAAGAGAAGAGGGAGAAGGAGGAGGUGGCGGAGAGAAACGAAGCUGGAGGUUCUACUGCUGCAGCAGAACGGGAGGCGCGGCCUCAGAUGGAGAGCCAGUUUCCAUCGAGCUCACAGCAGAGGACCGGGGACGAGGACUCCACAGACGGGUACCACGGAGACGGAAAGCGAGACGGCGUUGGGAAGCAGGUAGGCAUUCACAGGCAGCAGCUGCUACAGUCCUCUUAGCUGGAAUGGCCCACGCUACCGAAACAAUAAGUGCCUUGCCUUUUAUAUUUUUUUCUCUCUCUCUCAAUUCCAGCCUUUUCAUAAGUCUGAUGAAACAAUAUUUCUGAUUGAGCAGUUAAAAGGUUUUAUAGAGCAUUUUCAUUGGCUCAUGUUAAUGCUCAUUACACAAUUGACUAUUGUUGAAAUAACCAGUUAAUCAUGUUCACAACCAGUACUACGUAACGAUGUAUCAUUACUCCCUUGUUAAAUUGUACAAUUGAUUAUCAUUACUUGACGCAGGUGAAUGAUAUCUGUAUUCAUACACUGCAUAGACUGAACCGAAGGCUUAUUUAAAAACCUGGCUGAGGUGAGGUAUGCCUGUUCUACCACUGACAUUUUUAUUCAUUCAGCCAAUCUCUAGUGACUGAUAGGCUUGAUUACAAAGUGCCUGGCAGAGGCUGGCUCUCAUAGGCAGUGAAUAACACAAGUACCCUCUUAGGUAAAAAGGGGCUCAAUAUUUUGUCUGUGGUUGUCAGGCCACACCACACAUUGUAAAGCAGGAGAAGCUGAAGGGGGAGCAUCAGUUGGUUCAAUGCACAGAGAGUCUGUAGGAGAGCCUGUUGCAUAAACACACAGUAUUGACGCUCCACUCCAUGUAACAUUUUCAGAUCGUUAAAAUUAUUACGUUGAAAUCACCAAGCUUUACUCAAGCUGUUAUGUAAGAAUUAUAAUCAGUGUUCUAUGAUAAUUAGGCUCUUCAAAGAUUAAAAAGAGCCAUGAAAAGACACAAAGCGUACAUCGUUAUCUUUCAUGAAUAUCUUUCUCUAGCUAAGGAACUUCUUUGCUUUUAUGUAGAAAAAUGUAUACAUUGUAGUUUCUUUCCAUCCUGCAGGGAGUAAGUGCUUGAAGGUGAGAAGCCAUUUUGUGUCACUGCCACUCGUGUCUCACUUGUAUUAUACAUGUCCAAGGCUUCACCUAAGUAGAGCAAUGUCAAAGAUGCACAGCAUUUGUCCCUCAUCUCGCAUCAGUGCAGCACAGUAUGUUCAGUUUCACUUACUGGGAAGGACCCCUUGACUACACACAGUAGCAUCUUCAUAAGCAACAUUUACACCAAUAUUCAUAAAUUAUUUUAUCAAAAACAACAAAAUGGUGCUAUUGCCUCUUGAUCUUGGUAUCAACACUGCGUGCAAGUGAAGUACACCUCCAUAUGUGAGACAUAGCAUUCAUUGCUAUUAAUGAAUUACUAAUAGAGGUAUAAUGAAAUUCUUCCUAAGCUGUCUUAGUCUUUACAGUGUGGCCUUCUCAGUAAGCGCUUCAUUGUGUUUUAUGCUAUACGUAUUGUCGCCAGACCACAUCAACAUUGUUAACAUGUUUUAUAUUCACGUUUAAACUCUUCUGUUACAAUGGCUACUUUUUUCUCCUCUUUUCAGGAGAAGAGAGUAGAUGGGAUGGCGUGUCGGGCGGACCCUGUAGUGAAGCGAGAGGAGGAGGACCGGGACAGCGAGACCACAGAGCAUGUAAAUGUCACCCAAGCUCACAUCCGCCUGUGCUUUUAGCUCCGGCCUGAGUCGCUGCCUUUGAUGCAUCAGAGAGUAGUACAGUGGUUUGGGAGGGUCAAUCAACAGGUGGCAAAGCUUCAUAAAGAACUAUGGGCACCCAGUAGUAAGGUUGUAAUGAAAGGCAAACCUUUUUUCACCGAUUUUUAUUAUCAAGAGUCAUAUUUUGCUUGGUUGUUAUUGUGUCAGCAAGUGGUAUACUGUCCAGACUGUGCUAAUAAUCAGUGUGAAAUAACCAAAGUAUGAACUAUGAAUCUGUUUAGGAAGUUGCAAUAUGCAGUUAUUCAACCUUUCAGUUUCAUAGCAGUAUUUGCUAAAGAACAGUGUCACAUUCUACAUAGCUACAUGCAUUAGGCUACCAAACAUGUGCUUGACAUCAAUUUGAUACAUGACCUACUGUAAUAUGUACAGUAUAGCGCUUGAGUGGGUUGGAUAAAUUGCUGUCUAACAAAGCAUUAUGAAAACAACAGUGUUACCAUUCCACACAAAACGUACUGCGCACAGCAAAUAGCAAUAGGAAAAGAAAAUCACAAUUUCACACGAGUGUAGCUGCAACACAUCUGCGUUUACACAUCCAUCCACGGACGAGCGAAAAGCCUUGCCAGCUCCGCAUUGUGGUGUUGGCUGUAGAAUGGAUAAUAGCUGGCCCCUCAUUUGUUGUGCUAAAGCCCAGGUGCUCCCCUCCCCCCCUGUCUCGCUUAUAAAAUCAGAAUCCGGGAAACAGGCAUUCUCAUUCAAAACAAUGUUCUGGGUGGACUGGCCAACAUAUAUUGGGGGUACACCAUUUUGAAUGUUUGUUUAAUUAAAGGUACACUCAGCAGGCCAACUUCCUGCUUAUAUCAACAACAAUAGGCAUGCCUACAUUUGGAGGGGCUAAUAUUGGUUGACAAUCGUGUUAUGUUUAUAUUGCUAAGAAUACCUUAAAUUCAUUGUGUAAGUUGCAACAAGUACAUUCUAUCCUGUGGAAUUUUUGUGUCCUACUCCUGAAACAAUCUCUAUUGUGCCACCAUAGGUGGACUGAGGGAGUAUAUCCAUUCUGGUCUAUCUAAUUGUAUGCUCUCUCUACUCUGUCUGUCUAUUUGUGUAGGUGGAAUGCAGGCUGCAGCUGGAGGCCCAGCGGAUCAGCCUGUCUCAGAUGCACGCUGCGCAGCUGGAGCUGCUCCGGGAGCAGACAGACGCCCAUGCCUGCAUACUUGAGCAGGAGCUGGGCCACCUGAAAGAACCACGGGGUGCGUGUGUGUGUUUCUGUGUGCGCACACAUGCAUAUUUCAUUAUGUGUGUGUAUCUGGGAUUAUGGGGCCACAUUGAAGUUGUUUUUGAUCUAUCAUUCAUGAUUUCAAGCGUGCAACAAACUGUAGAUAGAAAACAGGAGACUGACUCACACAGAAGUUAUUCAGUCACUUUUGCUUUCACUUAUUUUAGUAAUUGAAUGAUGGUGUGCUAUUUAUGUUCAAUAUAAGCCAAUAAUACUGUAUGCUUUUGUUGUUUUUCUCAGACUUCACAGAUGAUCCCAAAAGCUCCAAGUACCAGAAUGUGGUGCAAGUUGUGUCUGAAGAAAUGCAAGAAGCUCAUCCUGGUAGUUAACAUUAAUUACACACUCUCACACACACGUGUUAUGUUCUUCUAUCCUCGUGGGGACCUAAAAUUUAAUUUCCAUUCAAAAUCCUAUUUUCUCGGCCUCAAGAGUGGCGCAGCGGCUUCCAGGUUAAGCGAGCGGUUGUUAAGAAGCGUAGCUUGGCGGGUCAUGUUUCGGAGGACGUAUGACUUGCAGCGAUCAGACGAUCAUAAUCACAAAAUUGGAUAGAAUGUGUUUUUAAUUUUAUUUUUGCAAAUAAUAAUUUCCCUUACCUUAACCUUAACCAGUAACCCUAAACCUAACCACUAAUCCCUUACCCUAACCCUAAUUGUAACCCUAAUCCUAAACCUAACCACUAAGCUUAAAAUAGCCUUUGUCCUCAUGUGGACAUGGAAAAUGUCCCCACAAGGGAGAAUUGUCCUUGUUUUACUAUCCUUAUGGGGACUUUUGGGAAUUUUAGAUCCCCACAAGGAUAGGACACACACAGCAAACCUAAUAAACCAAGUAUUGAUUAGUGUUCCUUUGCCCUGAAAAUUACUUUAAACUUUUGAUUUCUGAGAACGUUAUUAGACCACAUUAUUUCAUGUUUUGACAUUUUUACCACACGAGUGCAUCAAAUAUUCACUGAGACAUCAGUUAUGUUUGAGAGCUAUUUUGCCAUUCUCUUUACAGUCCUUUGCUAAACUUUUCGGAGAGGAGUUCUUGGAGCAUCUCCACCCCACUGAUGUCGAGGACUGGAAGAUUCAUUCGUUUGAAAAGGAAGAAACCAGGGAUCCCAGUGCUGUUUUACAGGAGGCAAAAGGUGCUUUAUUGGUUGUAAUGCCUACCCGAAUGAGAACAAUACUACAUAAACAACACGCAGCCUAUGAAAUGAGUCGCUGACUAACGGAAAAAGUCAAAAUAAUUUAGUUGCACACCGAUCUUAACUGCUGAAUGAUAAAAUUACAAAUGAGUAUAUUGUGUUUUCCCCCAUUUUUAUAUUUGCAUACACACAUCAAAUAUAGCUACAUCAAUGAUAAAUGAAAUAUCUUAUAGUCAUUAAGACACUGCACAAUACAGUACCUGAGGCGAACUGCAUGAGGACAUAUUUGUAAUGGACUUUUAUUCUGUCUCGCUCUAUAGAAAUGUAUAUAGACCUUCUGCAGGUGAAGGAGAGGAUUGAGCAGGAACACGGUCGUCUACUACAGCUCCAGUCCUUACUGAAGGCAGAUGGCAAUAAGGUAGGAAGGACUGCUUCAUAUUGUGUGUGUGUAAAAGUUUAUUUAGUUAGCUCUUUGAGGGGUUUAGGCUAAGAGUUUAUGCAUUGGUGGGGAAAAACAUGAACUGUCAUUGAUUGAUUGGAUAUGUUUAGAAGUUAUGACACCAACCUCUUGUUAGUGGUUGAAAUGAAAUCACAGUAUUAUGACUGGGAUGAAAAGCAUCAAUGAUUUGAUUGAUUGGGGUACAGUAAUUGCUAGGAAACUAGCACUUAGCUUUUUAACUUUUAACUGUGCUAGUUAAUAAUGAUAUGACGAAUGAUAGUGCCUUCAGAAAGUAUUCACACCCCUUGACUUUUUCCACAUUUUGUUGUGUUACAAGGUGGGAUUAACAUGGAUUAUUUGUAAUUUUUUGUCAAUGAUCUACACAAAACACUGUCAAAUUGGAUGAAAAAUUUAAAAAAUAUAAAAUAUGACGUCAUUUGAGUCAAUUGGAGGUGUACCUGUGGAUGUAUUUCAAGGCCUACCUUCAAACUCAGUACCUCUUUGCUUGACAUCAUGGGAAAAUCAAAAGAAAUCAGCCAAGACCUCAGAAAAACAAUUGUAGACCUCCACAAGUCUGGUUCAUCCUUGGGAGCAAUUUCCAAACGCCUGAAGGUACCACGCUCAUCUGUACAAACAAUAGUACGCAAGUAUAAACACCAUGGGACCACGCAGCCGUCAUACCACUCAGGAAGGAGAUGCGUUCUGUCUCCUAGAGAUGAAUGUACUUUGCUGCGAAAAGUGCAAAUCAAUCCCAGAACAACAGCAAAGGACCUAGUGAAGAUGCUGGAGGAAACAGGUACAAAAGUAUCUAUAUCCACAGUAAAACAAGUCCUAUAUCGACAUAACCUGAAAGGCCACUAAGCAAGGAAGAAGCCACUGCUCCAAAACCACCAUAAAAAAGCCAGACUAUGGUUUGCAACAAAGAUCGUACUUUUUGGAGAAAUGUCCUCUGGUCUGAUGAAACAAAAAUAGAACUGUUUGGCCAUAAUGACCAUCGUUAUGUUUGGAGGAAAAAGGGGGUAUCUUGCAAGCCGAAGAAUACCAUCCCAACCGUGAAGCACGGGGGUGGCAGCAUCAUGCUGUGGGGGUGCUUUGCUGCAGGAGAGACUGGUGCACUUCACAAAAUAGAUGGCAUCAUGAGGAAGGACAAUUAGGUGGAUAUAUUGAAGCAACAUCUCAAGACAUCAGUCAGGAAGUUAAAGCUUGGUCGCAAAUGGGUCUUCCAAAUGGACAAUGACCCCAAGCAUACUUCCAAAGUUGUGGCAAAAUGGCUUAAGGACAACAAAGUCAAGGUAUUGGAGUGGCCAUCACAAAGCCCUGACCUCAAUCCUAUAGAAAAUGUGUGGGCAGAACUGAAAAAGCUUGUGCGAGCAAGGAGGCCUACAAACCUGACUCAAUUACACCAGCUCUGUCAGGAGGUAUGGGCCAAAAUUCACCCAACUUAUUGUGGGAUGCUUGUGGAAGGCUACCUGAAACGUUUGACCCAAGUUAAACAAUUGAAAGGCAAUGCUACCAAAUACUAAUUGAGUGCUUGUAAACUUCUGACCCACUGGGAAUGUGAUGAAAGAAAUAAAAUCUGAAAUAAGUAAUUCUCUCUACUAUUAUUCUGACAUUUAACAUUCUUAAAUUAAAGUGGUGAUCCUAACUGACCUAAAACAGGGCAUUUUUACUAGGAUUAAAUGUCAGGAAUUGUGAAAAACUGAGUUUAAAUGUAUUUGGCUAAGGUCUAUGUAAACUUCCGACUUCAACUGUGUGUGUGUAUAUAUAUAUAUACAGUGAGGGAAAAAAGUAUUUGAUCCCCUGCUGAUUUUGUACGUUUGCCCACUGACAAAGAAAUAAUCAGUCUAUAAUUUUAAUGGUAGGUUUAUUUGAACAGUGAGAGACAGAAUAACAACAACAAAAUCCAGAAAAACGCAUGUCAAAAAUGUUAUAAGUAGAUUUGCAUUUUAAUGAGGGAAAUAAGUAUUUGACCCCUCUGCAAAACAUGACUUAGUACUUGGUGGAAAAAACCAUUGUUGGCAAUCACAGAAGUCAGACGUUUCUUGUAGUUUGCCACCAGGUUUGCACACAUCUCAGGAGGGAUUUUGUCCCAUUCCUCUUUGCAGAUCUUCUCCAAGUCAUUAAGGUUUCGAGGCUGACGUUUGGCAACUCGAACCUUCAGCUCCCUCCACAGAUUUUCUAUGGGAUUAAGGUCUGGAGACUGGCUAGGCCACUCCAGGACCUUAAUGUGCUUCUUCUUGAGCCACUCCUUUGUUGCCUUGGCCGUGUGUUUAGGGUCAUUGUCAUGCUGGAAUACCCAUCCACGACCAAUUUUCAAUGCCCUGGCUGAGGGAAGGAGGUUCUCACCCAAGAUUUGACGGUACAUGGCCCCGUCCAUCAACCCUUUGAUGCGGUGAAGUUGUCCUGUCCCCUUAGCAGAAAAACACCCCCAAAGCAUAAUGUUUCCACCUCCAUGUUUGACGGUGGGGAUGGUGUUCUUGGGGUCAUAGGCAGCAUUCCUCCUCCUCCAAACAAGUUGAGUUGAUGCCAAAGAGCUCGAUUUUGGUCUCAUCUGACCGCAACACUUUCACCCAGUUCUCCUCUGAAUCAUUCAGAUGUUCAUUGGCAAACUUCAGACGGGCAUGUAUAUGUGCUUUCUUGAGCAGGGGGACCUUGCGGGCGCUGCAGGAUUUCAGUCCUUCAUGGUAUAGUGUGUUACCAAUUGUUUUCUUGGUGACUAUGGUCCCAGCUGCCUUGAGAUCAUUGACAAGAUCCUCCUGUGUAGUUCUGGGCUGAUUCCUCACCGUUCUCAUGAUCAUUGCAACUCCACGAGGUGAGAUCUUGCAUGGAGCCCCAGGCCGAGGGAGAUUGACAGUUAUUUUGUGUUUCUUCCAUUUGCUAAUAAUCACACCAACUGUUGUCACCUUCUCACCAAGCUGCUUGGCGAUGGUCUUGUAGCCCAUUCCAGCCUUGUGUAGGUCUACAAUCUUGUCCCUGACAUCCUUGGAGAGCUCUUUGGUCUUGGCCAUGGUGGAGAGUUUGGAAUCUGAUUGAUUGCUUCUGUGGACAGGUGUCUUUUUAUACAGGUAACAAGCUGAGAUUAGGAGCACUCCCUUUAAGAAUGUGCUCUAAUCUCAGCUCGUUACCUGUAUAAAAGACACCUGGGAGCCAGAAAUCUUUCUGAUUGAGAGGUGGUCAAAUACUUAUUUCCCUCAUUAAAAUGCAAAUCAAUUUAACAUUUUUGACAUGCGUUUUUCUGGAUUUUUUUGUUGUUAUUCUGGCCCUCACUGUUCAAAUAAACCUACCAUUACAAUUAUAGACUGAUCAUUUCUUUGUCAGUGGACAAACGUACAAAAUCAGCAGGGGAUCAAAUACUUUUUUCCCUCACUGUGUGUAUAUAUAUAUAUAUAUAUAUAUAUAUAUAUAUAAUCUUGAUUAGAUAAGUAUCCAACCCUCUGAGUCAAUACAUGUUAGAAGCAACUUUGACAGUGAUUACAGCUGUGAGUCUUUCUGGGUAUGUCUCAAAGAGCUUUCCACACCAGGAUUGUGCAACAUUUGCCCAUUUAUUUUUUUCUAAAUUCUUCAACCUCUGUCAAAUGGGUUGUUGAUCAUUGCUAGUCAACGAUUUUCAACUCUUGCCAUAGCUUUUGAAGCAGAUUUAAGUCAAAACUGUAACUAGGCCACCUCUGGGAAAAUUCAAUGUCUUCUUGGUAAGCAACUCCAGUGUUAAUUUGGCCUUGUGUUUUAGGUUAUUGUCCUGCUGAAAGGUGAAUUAAUCUCUGUGUCUGGUAGAAAGCAAACUGAAUCAGGUUUCUCUCUAGGAUUUGCCUGUGCUAAGCUCCAUUCUGUUAAUUUUUUAUCCUGAAAAACUCACCAGUCCUUAACGAUUAGAAGCAUACCCAUAACAUGAUGCACCCACCACUAUGCUUGAAAAUAUGGCGAGUGGUACUCAGUAAUGUGUUGUAUUGGAUUUGCCCCAAAUAUAACACUUUGUAUUCAGAACAAAAAGUUAAUUGCUUUACCACUUUUUUUGCAGUAUUACUUUAGAGCCUUGUUGCAAACAGGAUGCAUGUUUUGGAAUAUUUUUAUUCUGUACAGGCUUCCUUCUUUUCACUGACAUUUAGGUUAGUGUUGUGGAGUAACUACACUGAACAAAAAUAUGAACGCAACUGUGACCGGGAGUCUCGUUGGGCGGCGCAGAAUUGGCCCAGCGUGGUCCGGGUUAGGGGAGGGUUUGGCCGGGGGGGCUUUACUUGGCUCAUCGCGCUCUAGCGUCUCUUUGUAGCGGGCCAGGCACCUGCAGGCUGACUUCCUCUGACACAUUGGUGCGGCUGGCUUCCAGGUUAAGGUGGCAGGUUUUAAGGAGCGCGGUUUGGCGGGACAUGUUUCGCAGGACGCAUGACUCGACCUUCGCCUCUCCCGAGCCCGUUGGGGAGUUGCAGCGAUGAGACAAGAUCAUAAUUGGAUCGCAAUUGGUUAUCAUGAAAUUGGGGAGAAAAAGGGGGGUAAUUUAAAAAAAAGAAAAUAAAGAUUUAGAAAAACAUCAAAAAUAAGAAAAAAAAAUAUACAGUGGGGAGAACAAGUAUUUGAUACACUGCCGAUUUUGCAGGUUUUCCUACUUACAAAGCAUGUAGAGGUCUGUAAUUUUUAUCAUAGGUACACUUCAACUGUGAGAGACGGAAUCUAAAACAAAAAUCCAGAAAAUCACAUUGCAUGACAUAAGUAUUUGAUCACCUACCAACCAGUAAGAAUUCCGGCUCUCACAGACCUGUUAGUUUUUCAUUAAGAAGACCUCCUGUUCUCCACUCAUUACCUGUAUUAACUGCACCUGUUUGAACUCGUUACCUGUAUAAAGACUUCUGUCCACACACUCAAUCAAACAGACUCCAACCUCUCCACAAUGGCCAAGACCAGAGAGCUGUGUAAGGACAUCAGGGAUAAAAUUGUAGACCGGCACAAGGCUGGGAUGGGCUACAGGACAAUAGGCAAGCAGCUUGGUGAGAAGGCAACAACUGUUGGCGCAAUUAUUAGAAAAUGGAAGAAGUUCAAGAUGACGGUCAAUCACCCUCGGUCUGGGGCUCCAUGCAAGAGCUCACCUCGUGGGGCAUCAAUGAUCAUGAGGAAGGUGAGGGAUCAGCCCAGAACUACACGGCAGGACCUGGCCAAUGACCUGAAGAUAGCUGGGACCACAGUCUCAAAGAAAACCAUUAGUAACACACUACGCCGUCAUGGAUUAAAAUCCUGCAGCGCAAGCAAGGUCACCCUGCUCAAGCCAGCGCAUGUCCAGGCCCGUCUGAAGUUUGCCAAUGACCAUCUGGAUGAUCCAGAGGAAGAAUGGGAGAAGGUCAUGUGGUCUGAUGAGACAAAAAUAGAGCUUUUUGGUCUAAACUCCACUCGCCGUGUUUGGAGGAAGAAGGAUGAGUACAACCCCAAGAACACCAUCCCAACCGUGAAGCAUGGAGGUGGAAACAUCACUACAUUCCAAACAACAGGACGACUGCACUGUAUUAAGGGGAGGAUGGAUGGGGCCAUGUAUCGCGAGAUCUUAGCCAACAACCUCCUUCCCUCAGUAAGAGCAUUGAAGAUGGGUCGUGGCUGGGUCUUCCAGCAUGACAACGACCCGAAACACACAGCCAGGGCAACUAAGGAGUGGCUCCGUAAGAAGCAUCUCAAGGUCCUGGAGUGGCCUAGCCAGUCUCCAGACCUGAACCCAAUAGAAAGUCUUUGGAGGGAGCUUAAAGUCCGUAUUGCCCAGCGACAGCCUCGAAACCUGAAGGAUCUGGAGAAGGUCUGUAUGGAGGAGUGGGCCAAAAUCCCUGCUGCAGUGUGUGCAAAGACCUACAGGAAACGUAUGAUCUCUGUAAUUGCAAACAAAGGUUUCUGUACCAAAUAUUAAGUUCUGCUUUUCUGAUGUAUCAAGUACUUAUGUCAUGCAAUAAAAUGCAAAUGAAUUACUUAAAAAUCAUACAAUGUGUUUUUCUGGAUUUUCUUUCCGUCUCUCACAGUUGAAGUGUACCUAUGAUAAAAAUUACAGACCUCUACAUGCUUUGUAAGUAGGAAAACCUGCAAAAUCGGCAGUGUAUCAAAUACUUGUUCUCCCCACUGUAUAUAUAAAAUACAAAAAUAUAUAAAAAUGUGACCCUGGUGAGGACGACGAGCACGCUGAUGAGCUUCACUGAGACAGUUUCUGACAGUUUGUGCAGAAAUUAUUCGGUUGUGCAAACCCACAGUUUCAUCAGCUGUCCGGGUGGCUGGUCUCAGACGAUCCCACAGGUGAACAAUCUGGGUGUGGAUGUGCUAGGCUGGCAUGGUUACACAUGGUCUGCGGUUGUGAAGCCGGUUGGACGUACUGCCAAAUUCUCUAAAACGAUGUUAGAGGCGGCUUAUGGUAGAGAAAUUAACAUUACAUUCUCUGGCAACAGCUCUGGUGGACAUUCCUGCAGUCAGCAUUCAAAUUGUACACUCCCUCAACACUUGAGACAUCUGUGGCGUUGUGUGACAAAAUUGCACAUUUUAGAGUGGCCUUUUAUUGUCCCGAUCACAAGGUGCACCUGUGUAAUGAUCAUGCUGUUUAAUCAGAUUCUUGAUAUGCAACACCUGUCAGGUGGAUGCUCUGGAUAAGAGCGUCUGCUAAAUGACUAAAAUGUAAAUGUAAAAUGUAAUUAUCUUGGCAAAGGAGAAAUGCUCACUAACAGGGAUGUUAACAAUGUGAGAAAUAAGCUCUUUGUGUGUAUGGAAUAUUUCUGGGAUAUUUUCUUUCAGCUCAUGAAACAUGGGACCAACACUUUACAUAUUGCGUUUAUAUUUUUGUUUAGUGUACAAUGUUGCUGAUCCAUCUUCAGUUUUCUCCUAUCACAGCCAUUCAACUCUGUAACUGUUUUAAAGUCACCGUUGGCCUCAUGGUGAAAUCCUUGAGCGGGUUCCUUCCUCUCCGGCAACUGAGUUAGGAAGGACGCCUGUAUCUUUGUAGUGACUGGGUGUAUUGAUACACCAUCCAAAGGGUUAUUAAUAACCAUGCUCAAUGGAAUAUUCAAUGUCUGCUUUUUUAUUUAUUUGUAUCUAUCUACCAAUAGUGACCUUCUGUGCGAGGCAUUAGAAAACCUCCUUGGUCUUUGUGGUUGAAUCUGUGUUUUAAAUUCACUGCUCGGCUGAAGGACCUUACAGAUAAUUGUAUGUGUGCGGUACAGAGAUGAGGUCAUUCACAAAUCAUGUUAACCACUAUUAUUGCAACUAUCCAUGCAACUUAUUAUGUGAUUAGUUAAGCACAUUUUUACUCCUGAACUUAUUUAGGCUUGCCAUAACAUUUCAGCUUAUCAUUUUUUAUUAAUUUGUAAAUAUUUCUAAAAACAUAAUUCGACUCUGACAUUAUGGGGUAUUGUGAGUAGGCCAGUGACAAUCUCAAUUUCGAUUAUAUUUUUUGGGGGGGAGUAAAGGGGUGUAAAUACUUUCUGAAGGCACUCUAGCUAAUUGACUUUAAUGAUAAUGCCAACAAACUCAGCUGUCAAACUCAUUGUUAUUCUUAGAUUGAGGUGAUACAGCUGGCGUACGAUGAUCUGAAGCGGAGCAGUGAGGAGGAGAUCGCCAGCCUGCGCAGGAUUAUCCACAGCUCUAUUACUUCCACACACAACCUUGAUGGUAAAUCUUAAACUAUAUUGUAUGUCUAAACCAAAAUCACCCCAAAAUGGUGCUGUGGUGCUGAGUUAUGUGGUGCCCAUAUUCUACACCAUCUGCAUUUGGAAUGUCUGCAGGCCUCAAUCCCAAAAUGAAUGGGAAAGAUGGGCACGAUCUGCUUCCAUCUACAUAGCCAUGCUAAAGCUAACACUAUCUCUCUCUACCCAGAUCUGAGGGAGCUGACCACAGCCUCUCCCUCCUCCCACACUGCUGAAGACAUCCAGAAGCUGAGGGCCGACGUCCAGCAGCAGCGGGCCCAGCUGGAGGAAUGCCACAGACUGGAGGUGGAACACCUCAGGGUCUACUACCAGCAGCAGGCCAAAGAGACCGAGGAGCGCUACGCUACCGAACUCAUCGUGCUACAACAGGUCCUUGAG